AAUUUCAUUUUCGUCUCAUUCUUGAUCGAGUAACAGUGCUCCGGCCAAAGCUUAGAGAUUUGUUUAUAGUUUGUGAGAAAUCGUUUUUUUUUUGUUAUACUUCUCAAUUUCAAUAUUCGAAGGGACUGCGACGAUUUUUUAUUCGGUCAGAGCCACUACGUCCAUAGCUAUUCUAUUCCUGCUCUUUUAUUGGUUGCGCUCGUUCGUCUGACCUCUCGCUCACUCGCACGCACGUGCUCGCUUACCUGACACCUACCCCAUUUAACUCCUACCUCGCCCAGCCAGAGCAUCGAAAUGGCUCCGAAAAAGCACAGUGGUUUCAUGAUGUUCGUCAACGAGUGGCGCGAUAAAAAUCCAGAAAGCCGGAAUAUGACCUUGGCCCAGGCGGUAACCCGUUGCGGCGAGUUGUGGAAGAAUUUGUCUACGCAGCAGCGCGGCCCUUAUAAGUCGGGCGCAAAGGACGCCGACGUGCAGGCACGCGCCACUAAGGAGCGGCUCAACUGCUACGGUCAGGCGAUCUCAGAUGUGGAGCAAGCUCAACGCGAAAUGGCCGACAACCUGCUGCACAUGAAGCGCAGUAUCGAACGCGUCGUGAUGGAUGCAAAAAAGCAGCAUGACAUAGAAAACACUAAAUUUGUUUUCUGCGCGUUUAACUAUUUCACCAAGGCCUUGAAAAGCGACGUCUACGUGCCGGCUGAGUUCGCCGCAUGCGAGUUCUCCCUUAAGGAGGGUAUAAUAUCUGUGUACAGCACUUUAAUAGACCCGGGUCACAUAAUUUUUGGGCAGGCUAGUGACGCCCAGCAUCAUUCAACGACCACUCACGGACUACCACUUCCUCCCAAGGCGCUGGGGGAAAGAAACAUGGCAAAGCUGUAUAGCCAAAUUGUUGAAUAUUUGACCAAGUGCCACGGCAAUAAGCCGCUAAUUGUGUUCACCCCCACGGAAAUGAUGUCAUCGGUCAAGUCGUGUAUCCGAUUUUUGGCCUGCGAAAGCGAAAAGCAGAGCGGCUUAGACGAAAUCCUAGUGUACGACAUACAAUACUUGUUCUUCGUUCUAAAGAAGGAAGUGUUGAACAUAGCCGGGCUGCAAGAUGAUAAAAUCAACAUAUUUGCGACAGACUCCCUUUUUCUUAGGGAUUUUUUUGAAUUCACACCCGAAAUCGCUUGUCAGUUUCACGAAGAAAACGAUCGCUCCAAGUACUGUACACAGAGCAUGGUGAAGCGCUGGUGCUUCAUCUUCAGCGACUUUAUGUGCGGUGAUUUGGGCAUUACCGUCCAACCUGGGAGGCAUGUUCCGCCCAAGACACGACCCAACUACCGGGUGAUUCCCGCAGACGCCUCGUCGCGCGACCGAGAGUCAUCGUUUGACUCCUUCUACUCCCUUCCAGAGUCACGAUCCAAACAAGUAGACAAACCCGGCAAAACCUCUCCUACUGGCAGUCUUCGUUCCACGGCAUCUAGCUCUUACGUACCCACGGACCACAGCUGCUUUGUCCAAAAUUUAAAUGAAGUCACUACAUUUCCCGCCCUGGGUGCCCGUCCUAAAGUGCGCCGUACUCCAGUCGGUGAAGCUGUUCAGAAAGAUUUGGGUGCCUGGAAUCUGCCAGCUCACACCCGUUCCGUAUCCUAUUUUUCGGAUGACGAUUUUAACGUGACUGGCGCUGGCAAGAAAAAUGACCACUAGUUUCCUUGAUCAAUAUCUUAUCUUUUUCACCACAGUAUUAACCUACAUCGAGCAUUGAAGUAUCUCAAAAAAUUUUAGUUUAGUUUCUUACCUUUAGUUAAACAUUAAUACAUUAUUAAACAUAAAAAAGUCAAAAUAAAACAGAAUUAAUAAAAUUCGGAACGAUGAAACGCAUUUUUUCAGCACAGGAUUUAGAACUAAAAAAACACGUUUCUUAGCAAUGUUAAGCAAAAGAAUAGUAGUCUAAAAUGUAGCCUUGACAAAUAAAACAGAC